AUGGGUCUAAUGGCCCAUCUGGAGGACCUGGAGCAUCAUCUGGCUCUGCCGUACCAGCUACUGGAUCUAAUGGGCCAUCUGGAGCUCCUGGAGCAACAACUGGCUCGGCCAUACAAGCUACUGGAUCUAGUGGCCCAUCUGGAGGCCCUGGAGCGUCAUCUGGCUCUGCCGUACCAGCUACUGGAUCUAAUGGGCCAUCUGGAGCUCCUGGAGCAACAACUGGCUCGGCCAUUGCAGCUACUGGAUCUAAUGGCCCAUCUGGAGGACCUGGAGCAUCAACUGGCUCUGCAGUACCAGCCACUGGAUCUAUUGGCCCAUCUGGAGGACCUGGAGCAACAACUGGCUCUGCAGUACCAGCCACUGGAUCUAAUAGCCCAUCUGGAGGACCUGGAGCAACAACUGGCUCUGCAGUACCAGCCACUGGAUCUAAUGGCCCAUCUGGAGCACCUGGAGCAUCAUCUGGCUCUGCUGUACCAGCUACUGGAUCUAAUGGCCCAUCUGGAGCAGCUGGAGCAACAACUGGCUCUGCCGUACCAGCUACCGGUUCUAAUGGCCCAUCUGGAGGACCUGGAGCAACAACUGGCUCUGCGGUACCAGCCACUGGAUCUAAUGGCCCAUCUGGAGCACCUGGAGCAACAACUGGCUCUCCCAUACCAGCUACUGGAUCUAAUGCUACUGGAUCUAAUGGCCCAUCUGGAGGAUCUGUAUCAUCAACUGGCUCUGUCGUACCAGCUACCGGAUCUAAUGGUCAAUCUGGAGGACCUGGAGCAUCAUCUGGCUCUACCGUACCAAUUACCGGAUCUAAUGGCCCAUCUGGAGGACCUGGAGCAUCAUAUGGCUCUGCCGUACCAGCUACUGGAUCUAUUGGCCCAUCUGGAGGACUUGGAGCAUCAUCUGGUGCUGCCGUACCAGCUACUGGACCUAAUGGCACAUCUGGAGCACCUGGAGCAACAACUGGCUCUGCCGUAA